UAUGCGCGGAUUUCAAUCUUUUUUUUUUUUUUCUGUCAUAAAAUUAUUUAAUUUUAAUUUUAAUUAAUUAAUACGGUUUUUUUUUUCAUCAUUGUUACUAUUAUUAAUUUUUUUUUUCAACGACUAUAUUUUAUUAAAAAUAAAACGAAUAUUAAAUAAAAAAAAUUUAAAAAAACAAAAAAAAAAUAGAUAUUUUAAAAAUAAAGAAAAGAAAAAAAAAUGAAAUUGAUAAAUUUAAAAAUUUAAUAAAAAAAUAAACGAAAAUAAUUUGUGUUGGAUGGGUUUUGUUUUUGUGUCUUUGAGAGACGAGAAAAUUUUUUUGAAAAAAUGCAUUAUACAUAAUAUUAUAAUAAUAUGUACGUAUAUCUAGUGUGUAUGUAUCAACAAAGCAACAAUAGAUACAAAAUAAAAAAAAAAGAGUAAAAACAAAAAAGUUUAUAUACAUAUUGCAUAUUAUCAUAACAAACAUUAAAAGUAUAAAAAAUAUUUAUAAACCAUUUUAUAUAUGCAUAUACAUUUAUUAUAAAAAAUACAUAAUAUACUACUGUUAUAAAAAGAGAGAAUAAAAAUAUAACAAUAACAAUAAAUAAAGCAAAAAAUAAGAAGAAGUUAAUUUUUAAUUUGGAUAAUGCUUAACAUUUGGAAUAACAUUAUUGCUGUUAUAAAACGAGAAGAAUCAACUAUAUCGAGAAGAAAAGUUGGUGAAACAUAAGGAUAUCAUACAUAGUGAAAUUUCAAAUUACUUAAACUAAGACAGAAAUAUUAAAAUAAUUUUAAAUUAUUUGUUUAUAAUUGACUAAAAAAUAUGGAUUCAAGGAUUGGUUUAGAUUAUAUCGUUGAAAAUCGUGAAUAUGUAUCAAAAUUAGGAGCAGCAUUAGAUACAAAUAAUACAAUAGUUAAAAAACAAGUUUUUGAAUUAUUAUCAGCAUUAUGUGCAUAUAAUUCUGAAGGAUAUACGAGAGCAAUAGAAACAUUAGAAUUUUAUAAGAAUCUUAAACGCUGCCGAUAUCGAUUUAAAAUUGUUGUAAUUGAAUUAGAAAGAACAACAGUUGUUGAAUAUCAAGUGGCUUUAUUAGCAUUUGUAAAUUGUGUUAUAAUAUCAGCAGCUGACCUCCAAGAACGUCUUAGAAUCCGAAAUGAAUUUAUAGGUUUAAAAAUUUUACCGGUGCUGAAUAAUUUAAGACGAAUCUAUCACAACGUUGGAGAUAUCAUUGUACAAUUGGACGUAUUCGACGAACAAAGGGAAUGCGACGAAGCACAGAGUUUACAAGGACCAAAUGGAAUAAAUUUAAAUUCACAUCUUGAUGUCUUUUAUGCCAUAUUACGGCAGGUGGCUGAUACGCCACAGGAAAUUCCAUUUUUAAGUAUAUUACAACAUUUAUUACGAAUUGAUCCAAAAGAAUCUGUUAGUGAUAUUAUAUGGGAUACAACUGAAAAAUUAGUUCAUCGUGCUACACUUUUAGAAAAUCAUGAUGAUGCUACAAGACUUUUACGUACUCCAAGUAUACAAAAAUUUAUUCAUUGUCCACAUUGUCGCGGUAUACAAAGCUGUGGCAGUAAUAAUAGCACAACAAAUACAAAUAAUACAACAAAUGGAAAUGAUACUGUGACAACAUCCCAUUCAAGUCGUAAAGGUUCAAUAUUAUUAACGACAACAACAAUAACACCAAACAAUAAUAAUACUCAUAAUAAUCAACAUAAUUCAUCAUCUAUUCCCAAUAAUUAUUCAGUAUCAUAUAAUACAUUAUCAACGGGUGAUAAUCAUAAUAAAUCUCAAUCAUAUAAUCAAUGUGUCACGGUACCACCACCACCACCGCCGCCACCAACACCACCUGGACAACAAAUUGGAACUGGUGCGCCACCACCACCUCCAUUACCAGCUCAAUUUAAAAAUGAUGGUUACUAUAUGUCACGUGAUGGCUUACCACCACCACCAGCUCCUCCACCAAAUUUUCUUUCAUUACAUUCAUCCGCGCCACAUCAUUUUAAUCGUCCAAAAACACCUGAUAUGAUGAAUUCAAAUGAUCAGCAUAUAUUAUUACCACAACAAGAAACGCCAGCACCAAAAGCCAAAAUGAGAACAAUUAAUUGGAAUAAAAUUCCACCAAAUAAAGUUAUUGGAAAACGUAAUAUAUGGACGGUGGUAGCUGAUCAACAUCAAGGUCGUUCAAAAACUGACAUUGAUUGGAAUGAAAUGGAAGGACUGUUUUGCUUAGCCAAUAAUAUUCAAGGAUCACCAAAAUUAGGCAGAGAUUGUACAGACACAUUAGAUAGGAAAACAAAAAAAGAAAAUUCUGAAAUAACCUUGUUAGAUGGAAAAAGAAGUCUAAACGUCAAUAUUUUCCUUAAGCAAUUUAGAUCAUCUAAUGAGGAUAUUAUAGAAUUAAUUAAAAAUGGAGCACAUGAUGAUAUUGGAGCAGAAAAACUUCGCGGUCUUUUAAAAAUCUUACCAGAAGUAGAUGAAUUAGAUAUGCUAAGAAAUUUUAGUGGUGAUAAAAAUCGUUUAGGAAAUGCUGAGAAAUUUUUAAUGCAAUUGUUACGAGUACCAAAUUAUAAAUUGAGAAUAGAAAGUAUGUUAUUGAAAGAGGAAUUCGCAUCAAAUAUCACUUAUCUUGAGCCUUGUAUAACAGCAAUAUUAUUUGCUGGUGAUGAUCUCAUGAAUAACAAAUUACUUCAAGAAGUUUUGUACAUGAUCGUUGUUGCUGGAAAUUUCUUGAAUUCUGGUGGUUAUGCCGGUAAUGCUGCAGGUGUAAAAUUAUCAUCUUUACAAAAGCUAACUGAUAUACGUGCAAAUAAACCAGGAAUGAAUUUAAUUCAUUUUGUGGCAUUACAAUGUGAAAAAAAAAAUCCAAAAUUGUUAGAAUUCCCAGCACAAAUGACCGCAUUAGAUAAUGCUUCAAAGACUACAUCCGAACAAAUUAACAACGAAAUAAAUGCAUUAGAUAGUCGAAUUUGUAAAAUAAAAAAACAGGUUGAACUCCCCACAACUGAAAGGGACAUCAAAGACCAAAUGAUGGAAUUCCUACAGGCGGCUGAACGUGAGGUAGCUUUAUUACAACGUGGAAUGAAAGAUGUAGAUUUAAUGAGAAUGAAAUUAGCUGACUUCUUUUGUGAAGAUCCAUCCACAUUUAAAAUUGAAGAAUGUAUUAAAAUUUUCCAAACAUUCUGUGAGAAAUUUAAACAAGCUAUUAAGGAAAAUGAAAAAAGACGUGUACAAGAGGAACAAGCUAAUAUAAGACGGAAACAACGUGAAGAGUUGAUAGCUCGAAAAACAAGACAAGUGAGCCAAUGCGGAACACCAGUUUCUGAUUCAGAAAACUUUUUACUUGUUGAUCCAUCAUUUGAUCCACGCUGUAGUCCUGCAAUGUCUAGACGGCGCAUUGGUUCAUUUAAUAGUAAUGGUGAUUCAAAUAUAAUACGAGAUGAUGGUUUAUCACCAGAUGUUACACCAAAUGGUAGUUUAAGAAGAAGAAGAAGUAGAGCACUUCCAGAAGAAGAUGAUUCAAAUUUAAUGGAAUUUUUAAGAAGUUCUGGUCAUGAUAAUAGUAAUAGAGAAAGAAAAACAUCAUCAUAUGGAAGUUUAGAUCGAUCAUGGGCUAGACGUGCUAGAAGUGGAACACCAAAUAAAAAACGACCUGAACUUUUAAAUAUUGAUUUUGGAAAUGAUCGUGAGCGUACAAAUUCACCAUCACCAAUGCCAGAACACAAAGAAAUGCAGCCAGAUGCAGGAGAAGCGAAACCAAGAAUAUCUAAAGAAUGGAGGCAGAAAAUUGAAUCAUGGCUACAAGCAAAUGAGAAUGAUGAAAAACAAAUGGACGAUUACAAACGUAGGCGACGGUUAACUAAUAAUAGAAGGUCGCUUGAAAACGACUCAGAAAGCGAACGAAGUAAAUUAGAUCCUCUACCUGAAGAAAAGGCUACAGUGAAUAGUGAUAAGGAAGGACAGAAACGAUUGAGUCAGGGAUGGGAUCCAUCAUCUACAAUUGAUAAAUCCGAUGUUACCGGAACAAUAAUAGCAAUUCAUGAUGAUCGAGAAAAUCGUAAUCAAAAAACUCAAUCAAAACCAGAAUCAAGUUAUACAAGAAAAAUCAACGAAAAUAAUAAUGAAUCUAGUCUUAAUGUUAACGAUAAAUUACAAAGGCAGCAACAACAACGAUCAAGUCCGUCACUGCAUGUUAUUGGUGAAGAAGAUUCACGUAGAAAUGUUAUUCAACAAUUAGGUGAACAUGGUCCAACAGAUCGCCUACGUAUAUAUAUAAGAAGGCCGUCCGAAUCGAAUCUUAAUGAUAAAACUCCAAAUAGUACAGGGAAAAAUUCAAUUUCAUCAACACCAACAUCAAACUCACCUCAAACUAAUCAGCAUCCAAAAUCACCAUUAAUUCCCAUAAGAUCACCUACAACUGCGAAUCCUAUUACAAAUAAAAACUCAGAUAACAGAAAUGAAUCAAAUAUAAUAAAAGUGAAUACAGUGAACUCUAAUAAAGAAAGUCAUCCCGAAAAACAGAAUAGAAUUGAAAUUGAUUCAGAUAAUAUUGAAACCCCUCCAGUUGUUCGAAGAUCAAUUAAUACUUCUUCAAUAAGUAGGUUCACAAACGAUUAUAGAAAAAAUGAAGCAGCUAAUAAUCAAAAUAAUACUGAUUUUGAUAAACAAUUGGAAAACGAUCAGUUAGGUCACUUUGAUAGAUUUUCAUCCGCCCGUCGUACUAGAAGAUAUAAGAGACCAACUGAUUAUAGUAGUGGAAAUGAAGAAACAUCAUCAAAUCAAAUUGAUUCAAAAAAUAAAACUACUGACAAAGCGGAUUGCAAUAAUAGUGAUACUUAUACAGACAUAAUGAAUAAUAAUGAUAUUAACAAAAAUUUAGAUAAGAUUGAUUCCAUUGUUGCCCCAGUAGAUUGCAAGGAAAAACGAUUAAAACGUUGGCAUGAUCGUCUAAAGGAUUUAGAAAGCGUUAAAACAGACAAUAGUAAUCUACCAGCUACGCAAGACAAAUCUAGCAAUGGAAGACAUAUGAGCACUAUAAAUCAAGAUGAUGUUAAAGAAGCAAUUAGAAGUUUAAAAUCGCCUACACAUACUCCAGAAAAAAUGUGCAUAUCGCAAGAAGUAAAUGAAGUUACACCCGUCAUUCCAACAUCGGUUUCAAUAACAAAUCCGUCUGUAAAAAUAUCAAACCAUGAAUUAAAUGAUGAAGGUUUCGAAGAAACACAAUCAUUAGUAUCAGAUACACAAUCACAAGGAAAAGAAAGUACUUCAUCUUACAAUGAAACAACCGAUAUUAAUGAGUUGGUGCAAAAAGAGCCAAAGAUAAUACGUAUAGCACCAACUCCAACAGCUGUAACAAGUAAUUCUGGAUCAAAAUUACAACGUGUAGGUUCACAUAAAUCAAGUAUUCAAAGUGCAUUAAAUAAGAAAAAAUUAUUUGAUCGUACAAGAUCAUUAAGAGGAACAACAUCAACUUCAACACACUUAACAUCUAUUCCACCACAUUAUAAUUCUUCAAAUAAUUUCAAUGAUUCAUCUACAACUGGUGUUCUAUCUUCAUCUCAAUUAGGAUUAUCUCGUAGAGCAAAUCCUUUACGUAAAAGUGAUUCAAAAUUAACAAGUGCAUCUGGAACAAAUAUUUAUAUUGGCAAUAAUAAACGUGAUGUCGAACGCAGUAGCUCUAGAAAUAGUUUAAGAUCAUCACGUUCAUCAUUAAAUAGUGCAAUAUCAACAAAUACAGUUAAAAAGAUGCCCUUAAAAUCUGAUAUAACAUCAUCAAUUGAUAGUAGUACAUCACCAAGUAAAAGACCUUUAGCAACACAAAAUUCAUCAUCAUUAUAUACAAGACCAUCAUCAUAUAGUAGUCUAUCAACUACUAUAGGAAAUAAUAUUGUUAAUAGUAAUCGAGUUCCAGCUAGUCGAAGUAGUUCAAGUGGUUCAAGUAUUGGUCCAACUAUACGUAGAUCACUUCAAAAACCAAAUACAGUUGUAUCAAGUGGCAUCAGUAUUUCAAAUUUAGGUAAUACAAAUUUUAAAGAAAAUCAGUCAUCUAGCGUUAAACCUUUAGUUAAAAAUUCUUCAGUAGCAAAUCGUUUAAAUAUUGCGGCAGGUAAUCAUAAUAAUUUAAAUAUUAUAAAUACUAUGAAUAGUAAUCGUAGUAUUAAAAAUAAUACAUCUAGUAGUAAUUCAACUACUACUAAUACUUCAACACGUUUAAGUGGUUUUAUGCGUCCAACAACAGCUAGUUCAACAAAACGUCUUCAAACCGAUUAUAAAAAAUAAUAUUUUUAAAAAUUUGUAAAAAAAAAAAAAACAAAAAACAAUAAUUAAGUUUAAAAUUUAUAAUAAAUAAAAUUAUAAAAUACAUAUAUUAUAUAUUUUAAUAUCCCAAAAAUAUUUUUAAGUAAGAGAAAGAAAAAAAAAAAGUUAAAUAUAAUAAUAAUUAAUAAUUAUACAACAUGAACAAAACAUGAUGAUAUUCU